GUUUCCACCGAGCAGGAUGGCGGAUGAGGCGGAGGCGCAGGUGUCCGUGCCCGGGGAGCUGCGGGACCACCGGCGGCGGACGCGGCUCUACUGCAUGAACGGCGGGCAUCACCUGCAGAUCCUCCGGGACGGGACGGUGCGGGGCUGCAGGGACGAGCGGGACGCCCACAUUGUUUUAAAGCUCAAAGCUGUGGCCCGAGGCGUCGUCGUCAUUCAAGGAACAGAAGCAAAGCGGUAUUUGGCUAUGAGUGAUGAAGGGUGUUUGUACAGCUCGCCAACAGUUACUGAUGAAUGUUACUUCCUGGAGAAAUUGGAGGAGAACUACUACAAUACAUAUCAGCCGCAGAAAUAUCAGGACAACAACUGGUACGUAGCUCUGAAAAAGAACGGGAAACCUAAACUCGGUCCAAGAACACACAUCGGGCAGAAGGCCAUCUUCUUUAUCCCCAGACAACUGGAUGACUCGCAGGACUGAAGAGGCAGCAGAAAUGCACAGAUACCUGCAGAUAUGAAGCUCAUGAGGUGAACCAGAAAGCAGACGUGAGCAGGUGGAGGUGGCGGCGCUGCUCACUUCAGCUGUCAUGCUCGUCCAUUUACUGUUCUGUUCAAAACUGCAGUGCUUCAAAGUUGUGUCCUUCACAUUCAUUUCUCUAUUUAUUUACAAACAAAUCAGAUUUCAUUGUGCACAUUUAAGAACAAAGAAAUUAUUGUCCACACAGUGCUGUACAACCUGUUUAGUAGUCAAUUAACCACUUGAACUGCCACGGCAAGGUGAUCUUUUUUUUGUGAAAGAUUUUCCAAAAACUACAAGUCUAAAUAGAAAUAAAACUGUGGUAAAAAGAGAAGAAAUGAAGCAAGGUGAAAAGAAAAAAAAAAAUCAGAACAGAGGAAUGCUCCAUGUUUUGUUUUUUUUUCCAGGGAUGAUGAACAAAAUAAAUGCAUCAAAAAUAUUUCCUGGGAAAAAAACUAGAUCCAGGUGUGGUGCUGUUAUUGUAAACCAGAGAUGAUGUUAAAGGCCUUGAUGUCCUUUAUGGCAUUGAAAAAUGAGACCUGUAACCUGAAAAUGUUCCCAACAUCCACUUAGGUCAUGAAUUUGAACGAUGUUGCAUCUUAGAAAAUAUUAAAUUAACAUAAUGAAAAGGUUUCAGAGGGCAAAAACAUUUCUUUACAGCUUUUCCCAUCAUUCUACAUGUAAAACUCUUUAUUUAGGUUCCACAAAGAGCUGUUGCUGUGUAAAGAAACCCAAAAAACAGCUUUAGUUACCCAUCAAUAUUUUUCUUUUGAAAUGUAAAUGUUUAAUGAAAAUGUCAGCUUUUUCAGGAUGGUGUUUGUACCUAAUAAAUCUUACAAGUUUAAGACCAAGUGAGGCGAUGCUGCCCAUCAUCCCAGGAGACGAUGAUCAGCACUAAAUUCAAUCAUCCACACAACCCAGAAGAAGCAUUGAAAGUGACAUUUAUUUAACACUAAAUAUUUUUCUGUACAGUCUCAUAACAACAAAACCCCAAAGUUGUAGCUCUACGUCACAUAGAAACAAGCAUUAUUGGUCUGUAAUCAAAGCCAUUGAAGAAGUGUGAAGUUAAGUGAAUUUAAACGGUUCAAGUGUGGAACAUCCUGCACCACCGUCUCUUUAAUGUGAGUGAUUUCAGAUAUUCAUGGGGACAUCCUGGGGGUUUUAUGAGUUAUGCCACGAAAAGUGCAUCUGCAAACAUUCUUUGAUGUAAUUCACACCUGCAAGUUUGCCAACUUCUAACGCAGGGUAAAUUAUCAGGAAGGAAAAAAAAAAAAACGAGA